CUGUAAUUCUCCCUUUGCUCGACUCCUUUGCCGGAUGAUGGUUCCGCGUUGCUUCUCUUUCUUUUUCGCCUUGGAGUCUUUUUUAGUUGCGUUCAUUAUUCACUUCUUUUUCCUACUGCGUUACAGACGCAACAUCACAAAACCUUCUUGUUCUCUGUUAUGGCUUUCUCUUCCUCUGCUUCUGCUUUCUUAACUCAAGCAAAGCAUCAUGUUUUCCUGAGUUUUAGAGGUGAAGACACACGCAAUACCUUCCUCAGUCACCUGUAUGAAGCUUUGAAAGGAAAAGGGAUUGGAGCUUAUGCUGAUUUCAAAGAACUUCCGAGGGGAGAGGAAAUUUCUUCCGCACUGUUGGAAGCAAUCGAAAAAUCAAUGAUUUCCGUAAUAGUUUUUUCUCAGAAGUAUGCUACUUCAUCAUGGUGCUUGGAUGAACUCUCCAAGAUAAUGGAAUGCAGGGAUUCACGAGGACAACUUGUGGUACCCAUUUUCUACCAUGUUAACCCAUCCGAUGUACGAAAACUAAAAGGGAGUUUUGAAGAAGCUUUUGUUGACCAUGAAAGAAACAGGAUAGACAAGGUUAAGGGGUGGAGACUCGCUUUGACUAAAGCUGCCGGCUUAAGUGGGUGGUCCAUUGCAGGAGAUAAGUUAAGUGUUUGUUUUUCUUGCUCUAAGCUUCUUGCACUAAAUUGGUUAAUUUUCUUUUGAAUUUUUUUGUUUUAAAAAAUUUCCCUUAAGAAGCGUAAGUUUUGUUCAUAUAAUCUUCAUUACCUUAGGCUUAACUCGUUUCUUUAUUUUUGCUUAUU